ACACUGCAUCGAUCAACAGUUCAACAAAAACGCUUCUGCAAGUGGUAAAGUUGUGUCAAAUGCGCGGAUGAAUGUUUCAUGCGAAAAGAAGAAGCGAAGCAAUAAAGGAAUUACAAAUUAGUGAAUCAUAAAUUGUGCUACUGCAUUUGCAAAUUAAACAAUUUUUCUUAUAUAUGUGUAGUAGAAAUAGUGCAAUAAUUUUAUAGAGAAGUGAAAACCUAAGGAUUUUCUUAGUGAUUACAAAUAAAAAAAGGUUACUUAUUUGCUGAAAGCUGCAAGGAAAGUGGAUUCGCGCAGACGCGAUAGAGAAAAGGAAAAAAUCGCCUGCGUCCGUGAAAGAGCGGUUGGUGAAGAAAUAAAAUAAAAUUGGUAAAACAAAAAAAUCAAAUCCACAAGUUUACACGCGAAGGCCUAAUUGCAAAAUUGCAAUCUGUAAUUGUGUUUUGUGAAGACUUGGUGAUUUUGGAGUAAAACAAGUCAAGUAUAAAUCAUUUAUUGGUGAUCUCAGUGGUUUUUGGUUGCGUUUUGCUAUAUAAAUACAUAUAUAUCUGCCAGCUGUAGGCGAAGUGUGCGAAUUAUUGUGUUGAAGUGCCGCUAACUAGCUAAAAGAAGAAAAAAAGGAAAAAAUAACAAAAUGGGUUGUGCAGUGAGUACAUCGCGCGAUAAGGAGGCGGUGGAACAUUCGAAAAACAUCGACCGAGUGUUGCAAAGGGAUGCAGAACGAGCGGCAGCAGAGGUUAAAUUGUUGCUAUUGGGUGCCGGCGAAUCUGGCAAAUCCACAAUUGUUAAACAGAUGAAAAUCAUACACGACAAAGGUUACUCACAAGAAGAAUGCGAACAAUAUCGACGCGUUGUCUACAGCAAUACCAUACAGAGUAUGAUGGCCAUCAUACGUGCUAUGGGUCAUUUGAAGAUAGAUUUUGCGGAUCCAUCGAAAACAGAAAUUGCACGCCAGUUCUUUACAUACGCCUCCACAGCCGAGGAGGGUAUACUACUGCCGGAAAUUGUGCUGCUCAUGAAGAAAUUGUGGGCCGAUGCUGGUGUACAACAGUCCUUUUCCCGCUCACGGGAAUACCAAUUGAAUGAUUCCGCUGCAUAUUAUUUGAAUUUAUUGGAUGAAAUCUCAAAACCAAAUUACAUACCAACACUUGAGGAUGUUCUGCGGACGCGUGUAAAGACCACGGGUAUAGUGGAGACACAAUUCUCGUGUAAAGGCAUGCAUUUCAAAAUGUUCGAUGUUGGUGGUCAACGCUCGGAGCGAAAGAAAUGGAUUCACUGCUUUGAAGGUGUAACGGCAAUCAUAUUUUGUGUCGCACUAUCAGGAUACGAUCUAGUACUUGCCGAAGACGAAGAAAUGAAUCGUAUGAUUGAGUCACUCAAACUAUUCGAUUCAAUAUGCAAUUCCAAAUGGUUUGUGGAAACAUCUAUAAUAUUAUUCUUGAAUAAGAAGGAUUUAUUCGAAGAGAAAAUCAAAAGAUCUCCACUCACAAUUUGCUUUCCGGAAUAUACAGGUCCCAACACUUACAAAAAAAAAAACAAUUAUAUACGUAUAAAAUUCGAAAGUCUCAACAAACGAAAAGACCAGAAAGAGAUUUAUACACAUUUAACAUGCGCAACGGAUACGAACAAUGUACGCUUUGUUUUUGAUGCCGUCACCGAUGUUAUCAUUAAGAACAAUCUUCGAGAUUGUGGGCUUUUUUAAUAUUACACUCUACACUCUAGUUAAUAUGUUUGCAAUUAAGUUAGUCUCAUACCCCUUACGACAUAUGUAUGCAUAUCUAUUCCAUAAAAUAUUUAUGUAUGAAUUCGGGUUGUGCAUUCUGUAUGUGUUAAUGUGGCAGUUUUCAUACUCAAAUAACGGUUUAUUCAUUAUAGAUCAUUCAACCAAUCAUACAUUCCAAUACUUUUUGUUGUUUCAAGUCACUACAAACAUAUUGCAUACCUAAGCCGUAGGUACUAUUAUAUACAUACAUAUAUACAUAUAUUUAUAUGCCACGUAACAAUUCCGCUGUACAUAUGUACAUAUGUGCUGUUACAAAAUGUCAAGUUCAUUAAAUUACGCUGCGUAGGCACAUUUUUUCAAGUAAACCUUUAAUAUAUGUAAGUAAGUAUUAUCAAAAAACAAAAAAAAAAAAAAAAAA